AUGCCCGCGGUGGAAAAAAGCGUGAUCACCGAUUGGAAGCGCCUGUGGCAGAUGGUGUCCGGAAUUCACUACGAGACACCUCAGGAAACAGUGCGUGAUGAGCUGAUGAAUGUGGCCAGCGAACUGCAGGCCGGCGUGCUCCAAUUCAAGCCCAAAAGCGCCUCCGACGUGCAGUUGGACACGCUGCUCAAGGAAAAGAAGCAGGAGAAACUGUUGCCCUUCACCGAGCGCCUGCAAGAUCUGCUGGAUCUGGAAUCCGCGCAAUGCUGGGAGAUCCUGUGUUACUACCUCACCAAGGAAUAUAGAGGUUCCGCGAGCCUGCUCACCCAGCUGAUCUCCACGGAGACAAACAUGGCCAAGUUGCACGAGGACAUACGGCACUACUACUCGCUGGAGCGCAUGAUCGUGCUGAAAAUCGUGAAAAACCUGCUCGUGUUCCACCGGGUGCCGAAUCACCCCUACCACCAGGAGUACCGGGCGAUAGUGGACAAGAUAACUCUGCCCUGCCUGAGGGAUUCCUAUCUGAUGCAGCUGGAGAGCCUGAUCAGUGAGCUACCACCGAGAAAGCUGAGGGCGGGCGAGUGCUUCUACUCUGCGGACAAGCUCAUUGCAUGGUCGGAGCGGAAUGCCAGGGAGAUCAACGAGGUGUUGCACAUCCUGCUGCUGCUGAACGAGCAUCUGCCAAUGGGCUUUGAACAAAUUAAGCGGAUCUUCGCAGCCUGCAAGCAGCACUCGUUUGGCAGGUUACAGAAUUACCUGGACGACAGCCAGCGCUACCACCAAGAGCUUAUCAUCAGUAUCACGUAUUCGGAGCUGGUGCUCAUCAUGAAGUGCUUGGACUUUGAGAAGCCACACGAGAACACGGAACUGAUUGAGAAACUCAUUGAGGAUCUACAUAUUGACAUUUCGAACAUGCACCAUCGGCAAGAGCACGGUCCAUUGCUCCUCGUCUGGAUGCUGCUCCGACUGCGAGGCACCAACGAUGCCGAUGAUGCUUCCAGCCUGCUACGGUGCCGACAGCUCGGCAAACGGGCAGUGGAUCUCAAGUGCUUUGUCCAGCUACAGCAAAUUGUCCGGCAUUCCAUGUACGCAGACGAUUCCAUGCUGUCGCGGAUUGCCCGAAAGACCAUCUACAACCAGCUGUGCUACAUGUGCGAUCUGUUCGAUGGCGAUGGCAGCUGUGCCCGGCACGAAGGCAUCUACGAGUUGCUCUGCGAACUGGUUUCGUGGCCGCAGUUGGCCAAGGACUUCUGCAACCGCGAAGACGAUGAUGGAGCACGGUCACUGUAUAAAAGUCUAUUGGAGAAUUUUCCCUUGGAAUUCACUCAUUUGGCCAAACUAUCACAGUCGCUGACCAAAGCGGGGCAGGGAAAUUUUAUUAAGAGUCAACUGGAAUCAUUGCCCAUACUAGCUCUCUUGUACGAUGAAAACGAGCAUAGGCUCCGCGAGGUGGACACCGAUGAGUUCGAGCUUACGGCCAGUGUGCGUCCAUUUCCCCGCAUCGAUUACACCAUUCCCGCUGGCACCAGCUGCACUGCCAUCCAGCAUCCCUCCGGCUGCUACAUGCACUUCCGCACGCAGGUGAACUUCUUUGAUGCUCUACACCAUGAGAUCAACUGCUUGUUGCAAGAAACUGGACACCUGCACGGGGACUUUGACUCCAGUGAACGGAUUCGCCGCGUGGAAGCCGGCCUGCGGUACCUGGAGACCGCCGUACAGCAAUGCACAUCGAUCGCCGGCAUCAGUGCCGAGAUGGUGCACCCUACCGAAAUGUGCGUGGACCUGUUGCACAAGUUCAAGGGUGUGCAGUGUCCACCAGUGGGUCUCAUCUCCAGUUGCCUGAACGUCUGCACCGCUCUGCUGCCGCUGGUGGAUGAGGAAAUCUUUUCGCGAAUUAGCCAGCUGCACAUUUUGCCCACAAUUAGCCAAGGACUGCAAUAUGAUUUCAAGCAUUAUGCCAAUGCCAGUGGCGUGUGCUUCGAGUCUCGUUUCCUUGGCUCCGUGAUCGACAAUGUGGAGAAGAAGAGUGAGCGAUACGAGUUCCUGCUGUCUUACCUGGGGUUCCUGCGCACCUACACGAAGCUGAAUCGAAACCGCUACAUGCAGGUGGAGAUUCCGGGAUUGAUAUUCCUGCUAAGGGACGUCUUUCCUCACUUGCAUGCUUGGCACUUUCGGUCGCAGGUGGAGCGGAAUAAGAUCUACUUCGAGGUACUGAGCUUUAUCUGCGACGUUCUGGACUUAACCGGCGCGAAUGCUAGUGACGCCCAUAACGAACAGCGAGAUCUACUGCUGAAGAUAUGCAUUUAUUCACUGCUUAAUUUGGAUAAUGGCCUGAUCCUUCUAAGAUUUGUGGGCGUGGGUAAUGCCUAUGUGCAGUAUACCAUGGAGCUAGAAACGAAUUGGAUGCAGCAACAGCCACACGGCCUGAUGAUGCUGGUACGUCUGUCCAUGCGCAUCCUAAUGCAGCUACUGCGGCUCAAGGAGAAGGUCUACGGGAGCGGUGAGUCCCUGUCUCCUUUGGAGGCGUUGAUAUACACACAGCCCAAGCAGAGGGAUACCCUGCGGAUUAUCCCAACUGUCUGCAGUUAUAUGGCCAAUAUUUUUGACCGAUGGCUGCCUAUACUGUCCUGCCGCCUACUAAAACGCAUCGCCCUGGAGUUUAACAUGUCGCUGCUGGCCUGCCUGGACAUGGAGGCGGAUCAGAUUCGAUUGACAUUUAUGCAAAAACUGCCCGACGAACUCGAGAGCGACUCGAUCAAGCUGGCCAUCCUGGAGCUGGUCGACGCCUGCAUCGCCAAGCAGCCGGGUGUGACUGAGGCCUUCUUUAAGGUGAACUAUGCACAGGACAAGCGAUCGCGUUCCUUCUUUGGCAAAGAGUGCGUUCCCAAUAUCGGCGAGAGCAUUGUCACCUACAUGCGGGAGUUCUUGGACGCCCUCCAGUUGGAACCCUUGACUAUCCAGCAGGAGUUACCCUGCAAGAUCAUGAACAUAUUCCACUCGCUGUGGAAGCACAAUCUCCAGAUGCUGGUCGACGAGCUGGUAAAGGACAAUCAAUUUUGGCCAAAGAUAGCCUCUCCCUUGUUCUGCGAACUUCAACCAAACGUGAAAAUCUACACACAGCUUCUUAACAUUAUCUCCAUUGAGGUCUAUACAGGCAACGGAAAGAAUUCCGCUCUCCUGGACAUGAUGACCAAGUUCUUCCAGCUCAAGACCUUUGAGCCCUGGCUAAAAUACGUCUUCGACAUGCCCAAGGUGCCGGCUGUGAGUACUAUUGGGUCGUCCGAUGACCUGCCCAACUGGAUCUGCUGCCUGCAGGCGUUCAAGGACCUCAUUGUGAUCCUGCUAAAGAAGCAGCCCAAGUUCAUGACGAUACCCGAGUUGCAGUUCAAGGUGAUGGCCGAGAAGUGCUUGACAGUGCUGGUGGAUCGCUCGAAUUAUCUGGAAGAUAUGCGGCCCUUCAUUGUGCUUUCCGAGCUGUAUGUGUUCCUUCUGCUUCAUUUCAAGCACUCGUACACAAAAAGCGGGGAGGAGGAGCAGGAGCUUAUGGAACAGCUGCUGCAGUUAAUGAGCCGCAUUUGCACCUGCUACGACGACCUGCACGUGAGGGCCAAGGAAGCCUGCCUGGCCAUCAUCACCAAGUGCGCGCACCUCUACACGGGUCUGCUGAUUCGUGACUCAUCCAUUGCCCUUCGCUUCCUCAAUUCCGUGGUCAGCAUCAUAUGCAGCGAGCUGCAGCACAUGGAGAACUCGGUGAGCUUGGAGAAGACACAAAGUCUGAACACUUCGGAUAGUUCGGGAGGCAGCAAGGCGUCCACCAACUCGCUGAUUCUGUGCCUCAAUCUGCUCAAAGCCGUAGCCACCAUAUUCCACAAUGACGGCCCCGGGAACUGGGAUCUGCCGUUUGUUUCGGUUCGCCUGUUCCAACGACUUCUGCGCUGCAUAUCCCACACCUUGCCGCUGUACAGUAAGCAAGUGCUUAGUGUCCAGCUCUUGGACGUGCUCAUCGUUUUCGCCAAAGGACACUGCUCCGUGGAGUUCUUGCAUUGCGAUGUGGGCGAAUCCUUGUGGUUGAAUCUACUUCCGCCGCGAGAGCUGCUGCAGUCCAAGAUGGAGUUCAGUAAGCCCUCGCCGGCGGAUGCCGACCGCUGGACCGUGGAACAAUGGUGGCCUGUAUACGCGAGGGGCAUCGAGCUGGUUACCAUUAUCCUAGAGAAGCAUAAAAAGUGCUUCCUCCACGAAGCUCUCCAGUUCGUGGGCAUUCAUGAGGUCUACUUGGUUGAUGCCCUUUUGCUGAGCAAACAAUCUUUGGAGCCAGCAGCUAUGCAGCUUAUCAAGGCGGCCAUAAGCUUGGUGUCCUGUCUGACGGAGCAUCAUAAGGAGUGGCAGGAGGAAUACGACUCGUCGGUGGGAAAUAUAAUGCGAGCAGUUCAGGGCUUGUUGUGCCAUAGCUCCUCUUUGUUCCAUCAGCAAAGGAACUUGAAGUGUCUCCUGGCUGGUCGACGCUCGCAGCUGGAGAUCCUGCGCAGCACAGAGGCUUUGACCAUCGAUGAUGAUCUUAUCACCGCCUGCAAUGACCUCACGGACAUCAUAAUUUACUGCGUAAAAUCCCUGUUGAGGUUCAGUCCGGACCUAAUGGACCUGCUUUGCGGCAGUGUCUAUGAACCACACAAAUGGCAUCCCUUGCUGGAUGUAAAGUUCGGUGCCCCCAAGUUGAACGAAGACAAUGUGACGCUGACAUUUGGAAUGGUUCUCAACAUGGUCAACAUAUACGUUAAGGCCUUGAAUAUGCAAAACCAUGGCUUCAGCGAUGUCCCCUUGAACACCUUGCCAAAUGUAGAGAAGCCGGCAACUGACCCAGCGGACAUCGAAGAUGCCACCAUUUGUCUAAGCAAUCAGACAAAUCGCACCUUCUCCAAGUCCCUGUCCAGCGUUUCAAUUUCCACCGCGGGCUGCCCAGCCAGUGAGUUGCUCUCGAAUAUGGACAGCCAGCUGUGUCUGCUGGCGCUGGAGCAUUUGCUCUUGUUGGUAGCAUCGCAGGUCAUUUGCAUUAUCCGCUCGCCGGAACUGGAGCCGCGUUGGAAGACAAUCGUGCGAAGAGACAUAAGCAACGAGUUGGUGAUCUUUCACGAGUUCGUGCGUCGCAAGGUGAUUGCCAAUUACAAGGAGAAUCGCAGUCCAUGGCUGCGACGCAAGCAGGGACUUUUCAAGCUCAAAUUCCUUGAUCCAGCGAGGAUUUCUAGUUCGCCGAGUACAUCAUCCCGCAAUCUCGAUCCAGUGCGUCGCAUUGGCAGUGCCACCAACGAGCUUCGGGUGAAUGUGGUUCGGCGGCAGCACCUGCAGCAACAGCUUCGCAGUCCGCCGCCCAAUACCUUUGACAUGAGCGUCGAUAUCAGUACCAUAUCGCCGCUGCAAGGUACUCCGAAUGCUGCCAUGUUGUCGCCAACAGAGUCAAGGGACAGCCGAAAGCGUUUAUAUCCUGCAGAACAAGUGGGUGCUGCCUUCGUGGAGGACGAACUGGCAUCCAUUGAUCAGCAGUUCUUCCCUCCACCCACGGAGAACGGAUUUAGCGAGCUGUCGCAGGUGCAGCUGGUGGAGGAGGACUACAUGCAGCUGAUGUCGGUCCUCUUCAACGUGAUGCCCCAUUGCGAGUGAGCUGUUUAUUAAUUGAUUGAUUCAUUAAUUCAUUAAUUAUUAAAAUAUAUUGCGUACACUCAAAUAAAUUCGUUGGUUCUUAACAUUUUAUUAAA